CAACUUUCUCUUUAGAAAUACAGUAAAGUUUAAAACAAAUUAAGGGUACUAGCUCAGGCAAAGAGACCUUCAAAAACAUACGUUUAUUAUUUUUAGAUCUUUUUCCAAAGAAGGGAUUUGAAAAUUUUUCAUACAGAUUCCCCCCUUCUCCCUGCUUUUUGCAACUCCACCUUUCUUACGAACCAAUUCGCUUUUAGAAUAGCGUCGUGAACACGUGUAGGGAAGGAAGUCCCACUUUCUGGGACGUCGAGGGCGCGUACGGACCUUGUGUAGGCAUAUGCAUCUAUGUAAGACAGACUCUACAGACACACGUAGAAACGGGUCUAUCGUCGCCAGCUGUUGGUGUGUAGUGGGCUGUUGGGAGUAUGGUGGGAGGGAGGGGAGUGAAAACAGGCUCGACUGCUCCCCCUAAUACUGGAGGAUUGAAUGGGCGAGGAGGGUGGUAUUGGGUUCCCUCACGCUACCACCCACACACACCACUGCUCCCAACCCGCCUGAGCCACCCACUUCUGCCCGCCACCCCGCCUGCCACCCACUUGCCACCCGACAGCCGUCGAGGAAACAACCUGCAACCGAACCAGCAUAACGUUUCCUCGAACAACGAUUUUCGUUAGUGUCUUUACACUUAGUCUGGACACGAGUCAACGACACAAAAAGGUCUAUGGUGCCUCAACACGAAGGUCUGUUUUGAAGAACAAAGAAAAAGGUUCUUUUACGGACGGUGAGUGACCAUUGUAGAUUUUGAAAAUGGAAGGAAAUGGUACCAGAAUAGACUAUGAGGAUAUGUUUAGAGAAAUUACAAAGAAACUGUAUGGCGACGAUCCUGAUCAUAGAACAUCGAACGUGCAAAAUGAGUUCGAAGCAUCAGUUUCUUAUAAAACCGAAGAAGAUACAGGAAACGGUACCGACGGUAGUGAUGAUGGAAAUUGGACAUACGAGGACGAACCACUGAAAGGAACCGACGGAAGUCGAAUUGCAGCUUACCAUGCUGGAAAAGCCAUGUGGCGAUGUGACGAGUGUGGAGACAUCCUAACGAGUGGUCCACGAGAAAUUGCCGAACACUUCAUGGAGCAUCAUGCGUCGAGAAUCCUAGCUGAUAGCAGAAAUAGGCAUCACUCACCACGCAAAGAUUAUUUGCAAACGGAUUUUAAAAUCGAAGAUGUAGUCAUGUAUUUAGAAAGACUUCGUGAACGCGCUGAACGAGCGGCUCCUCCUACCCGAAGAACCCAAGAAACGCAAACUGUACCUGCGACUUUAUUGACAACUACAUCGAGCUUUCAUUUGCAAGAACUGCCAUCUGCCCCUGCGCUACAACAUUUGCAACAGAAUACGACCACGAUGUCUACUACUGUUGCGGCCUCCACGAGUAAUAAACGUUAUAACUGUCCAUGCUGUCCUUAUGGCACGGACAGACGAGAUCUUUACACACGACAUGAGAAUAUCCAUCGCGAACAAAAACCAUUUCAUUGCUACAUAUGCUACAAACCAUUUAAUCGUGCGGAUCACGUAAAGAAGCAUUUCAUGAGAAUGCAUCGCGAUCACGUGUACGAUGUAUCGAAGAUACGGAAACCAGUGGAUACAAACGCUCCCAAGUCGUUACAACAGGAUACGACGGCAACCGUCAACGUGAGCAGUCAGCAACAACCGCAACAGCAACAUAUGAGCAAUCAGUUCGGUUUCGCUAGCAAUAAGGGCUAUCAACUACAGCCGAACGCUGUCGCAUCGAGCGCCAAUGUAGGCACUACCGGUAUCCAUCAAGCGAUAAUCAUGCCUUCUCCAUCGGGUAUUGUGCAAUCUGAUAAUAAUUGCAAUACAGGAAGGCGAGUGCAAAACGGUGGGUGCAAUAGUAAGAGUCAUCUUAAAGGUGGCUCCAAAAACGCACAGGAAAAAAGAUACAGCUGCAUAUACUGUCCAUGGACCGGAGUUGAUAACUGGUGUCUAAAACGACAUAUGAAUACCCAUACGAAACCCUUUGCUUGUACCCUGUGCGAGUACAAAGCGGCGCGCGCCGAGCGACUUGCAACACACGUUCUAAAGGUCCACAAUAGGAGACAAUGUUCGAGGUGCCCGUUUCUUGCCGAAGAUGCUAAUCAAUUGCAAAUGCAUCAGGUUCAUGUUCAUCGUGCGAGUGUGCCGUCGACAUCGACUACUCAGAACGCAGCACCGCCAAAUAAUCGACAUCAGCAACCCCUACAUCCCGUGGGAGGAGGACGACCGCCACCUGGGCCACCAGUUUUUCCAGCACCGGCUCCAACGAUUGCACCUGCUACCACUGUGAUACCACCAAGCACUAUACUCGGUUGGCAGUUACCAUCGACGUCAAGAGCCGCUGAUGAAGUUUUGGAAUCAUCAUCUUCGCAGGAAUAUGUAAGUAUUUUAAGCGAAAAGGAAAAUAUAAGCGAAAAUUCGCGAUGUACAACAUCGAGACGGAAACAAAGUCGGCCCCGACAAGUUAUACGGCAACCUGAUUAUCAAAUGAGAUAUUUGAUACCCGCUUUAGGUUUGCAAAAUAUAAGACAAAAGUUCAAAAUUAUUAAAACUACUAAAAGUGUUCAAUCUCAAAAGAGAUCGAUAGCACAGAGAAUGUUUAAGUGUCAUUUGUGCCCGAAAUAUGCACCCGCAAGAGGAAAGAUUCAUCGGCCGUACCACACCAAAGCGUCAUUAACAUUACAUAUGUUGUGGCGACACAAACGAAAAUUUUGGACAACCAAGAACCUUGUAACAAGAAGAUCUUGUAAAAAAGAGUUGUCACCGACUAUCUCUUCAGUUACAGUUGCGGUUUUUAUUAACAAGAAUUAUAGAUAUAACAGAUAACAGCAAAUCAGGCUGUUAUCUAUCAUCACAAAAACUAUAGUGUUAUAAUUUUUAACUAAUUAUAAGUCUUCGAGUAAAA